ACAGAGAAGGCAUCCCCCAUACACACCCUAUUCCAUAGGUAAUUCGUCUCGAGUUAUUUUUAAGACCACAGAUCCCAAGGGGGAUUAGACAACAGCCAAUCACAUAGCGCGAAUGUUUUCCGCGUGGAUGAUCCACGCUCAGAGCCACGCGUCCUUCACGAAUUGACGCAGAACAAAAUGGCGGAAGACGCGGAGAGCGAUAUUGCUAUUCGU